AUGCAGGCCAAAUGCAUCCAGUCGAUUGCCGGCUGUCCCAUCCUGGUGACGGGGGCCGCCUCCGGGCUCGGGGCCGCCACUGCGCGCUUUCUUGCGCAGAACGGUGCCAAGGUGACGCUGGUGGACCGUAACGCGGAGCAGGGCGAAGAGGUGGCGAAGGAGAUCAACGGCAAGUUCGUUGCCACCGAUGUGUGUAGCGAGACAGAGGUACAGGCAGCCAUCAAAGCAGCGGAGGAAUUCGCCCGAAAGCCACUUUUCGGUGCCGUCAACUGCGCCGGCAUUUGCCCAGCGGCGAAGGUGGUAGGCAAGAAGGGCGCGCACUCCCUCGACCUCUUCAGCAAGGCCGUGCAUGUGAACCUUAUCGGUACGUUCAACGUGUGCCGACUGGCCGCGGAAGCAAUGCAGAAGAACACCGCGCAGAUCGGCGCGGACGAGGACCGCGGCGUUAUUGUGAACACUGCAAGCGUGGCAGCCUACGAGGGUCAGAUUGGUCAGGCCGCCUACGCGGCCAGCAAGGGCGGCAUCGUGAGUAUGACGCUGCCGUUAGCUCGCGAGCUUGCUGGGCAGCGCAUCCGUGUCAACACCAUCUGCCCCGGCAUCAUGGAGACACCGCUGUUACCCCACGAUUUGGGGGCGGCGCUGGGGGCAACUGUCCCGUAUCCCUCCCGUCUCGGCAGGCCCGAAGAGUUUGCCCACCUGGUCUUUUUCCUCUUCUCGAACCGAUACAUGAACGGAGAGUGCGUUCGCCUUGACGGAGCAACGCGUAUGGCAGCCAAGUAG